GUGAUCGUGUGGUGAUUUGGGAUUGGAGGAAUUGAUGCUGCCAUACGAGACUCUCGACGCGAAGAAGGGCCGCUACUUUAUAUUUGAAGGCGUUGUUCGGUUGUCUGUGUGUAAACGAUGUGGAAGGCAUGGCUGCCUACCACGACGGGCUGCUACUUCCCUCGCUUCUUGCUGCAACAGCCUAAGGAAAUGUAUACCCGGUGGCGGCCGGCCAGGCCUCUACUGGACACAGCCACCUCACCUUCGACAACAGGCAGCACGGCCGUAGGAAACGCAAGCCGCCAUUUCAACUAGGAUGGGGGGCCUACCGAUAAUUUCUGCCUUCCAACGAUUACUUGACAACACCUACCUGGCCGACAUCCCCGACCGCUUCCACUUCCUCCGAGGAUCGAACCCGCAAAUCAACUUCCUCUGCGCAGGUACGGAAAGCGCGCGUCACUGCCUCGGCUGGUUGCUCUUGCCUAUGCCAGUCGCUAUAUUUCGGCAAGGUACCUAUCAAACAGGCAUCUGGCGGCCCCGAACACACGAACCUGCUAUCGGAACCACUUCGACCUGCCGCCUUGCGGCCUCAUUACCUCUCCUCCGCUUCAGUCUCUCCACCUUAAGUUUGCAACGCGUCCACGACGACGCGCGAGACAAGACUCUCCUCCGCCAACCUGCAGGAACACCAACAGGCUCCGGCAGGCAGAGGCAAGGGUCAACCAAGGCCAGUGGAAGAAGGCUGAGAAGCUACAGCUACAGAUUAUGGAGAUAUGGUAGAGGGUGCUUGGAAAGGAGCAUCCCGACACGCUGUCGAGCAUGGCCAACCUGGUGUCGACGUUUUGGAACCAAGGCCGAUGGAAGGAGGCCGAGGAGCUGGAGGUGCGGGUGAUGAGGACGAGAAAGAGGGUGCUUGAGAGGAGCAUCCCGACACGCUGAUGAGCAUGUACAACCUGGCUGACACUUGGAAAUCUCAGAAUCAGUGGAAAGAUGCCUUUCAGCUUCUGCAAGACUGCGUUCGCCUCAGAGGGAACGUUCUUGGUAUGGAUUAUCCACAUACCAUAUCUUCUGCAUCAGCCCUGUCGGACUGGGAACUACAGUUCGGGGAAAGUAGCCAUGAGAUUCCAUGAUACCCCUAGAUAAUGGAUGCUUUUAUUUAUACAUAAGGCAGUUAUACUGUGAUGAAUACGGCGCAAGUGC